AUGAAUCCUUAUGAAGCAUAUGGUUCACCUCCGAACGAGAAAUCUCCGCGAUAUCGAGCACGCGAUGAAGAUUCUUACGAGCGUACGGAUUCUUACAGAAGACGAUCUCCUGUGAAUGACAGGCGUCGCCCUCCUCCACGAAACCGAUCCCGCUCCCCCACUGGCAUUGAUCGAUAUCAGCCUGAAAGAGAGCGUCCAGCUCGUGAUGACUUCUAUGAACCACAAAGAACCACCACUCGCGAAAGAGACGAUCGUAGAAGAGCUCCAUCACCAACCGCGGCCAAUAUUGAUCGAUAUGUUCCUGGUCAGGAGCCGAACAAGCCGAUCGUUCGUGUGAACCCUUUGGCAAAUCCACUAUCUUUGGACACGCAAGCUGGCUUUAGCUACUAUGCUGAUUGGUGGCGUUGUGAACAACAAAUCAAAGAGGAGAAAGAGAGAGCCAAACAUGGAGGUCGUAGACCUUCUGACCGUGUCAAAGGUGAAAGAGAGGCAAAAGAAGAUCGUGAAAAAGAACGAUCACAAAUCCAACAGGGUUACGAUCAAUACAAACAAGAGUUUCAAGUUCGAAUGGCAAGGCAAUUCGUCUUGUUACACAGAGGUGAAGAAUGGUUUAAAGAGCGAUAUGUUCCAGAGGUUCGAGACCCUAUUCGACAACGUGUUAUGGCUUCAAGGGAGCCCGCUUUCGAACAAUGGACCAAAGAUAUUGACUCGGGUGUCUUUGAUGAUUUCACAUUGGAAGGAAUCUAUAAAAAUGACAGUGAUGGUGCUGGUGGUAUGAUUGAAAAAGAAGAAGGUGAAGCCGUGGGUGGUAAUGAGGUUCUCGGUGUUCUCGACCUUGUUCCAGCCAAAGGUGGUGAACUUCGAGAUGAAUCAGUCCAUCAACCUGCCCUACUCAUCAAGACAUUGGCACCCAAUGUUGGGAGGGAAAGAAUCGAAGAAUUUUGCAAAGAACACCUUGGUGAAGAGGAAGGUGGUUUCAAAGGGUUGUCGCUUAGUGAUCCCAACCCAGCAAAGAAAUUUCACCGAAUUGGAUGGAUUAUGUUGAAUCCAGGUCCAGAAGAAGACAAUGACGUUAUGCAAGAUGUCGAACGUGGUGAUGGUCGUGAUGAUGAUGAAGAGGGAGAAGAGAAACCCGUGGUUGAGAAGGUUAGCAUUGCUCAAAAGGCUCUCGACUCCAUCAAUGGGAAGACCAUCACCGAUACUGUCAGAGGUGAUUUUACAUGUCACGUUGGCAUUCACAACGUUCCAAGUGCUCCACGAAAGAAAGCUCUUUGGGAUCUGUUCUCUGCAACGGAUCGAGUUGAGAGAGACUAUGAACUUGCACGCAGAUUGGUCACCAAAUUGGAGACUGAUUUCGGUAAAGACGAACUUAAUGGUGGUCUCGCCAAAAUUGAUCAUCGUGUCGAAAGGAUGAGAAGUCAAGGACUUCUUGCUCCACCACCAAAACCGAAGAAGCCAAAUUUUGAGGACAACGACGAUGAGAUCAAGUUUGAUGAGGAAGGUGAGGAAGGUGAAGAGAAUGAAGAUGAACAAGAUGAUGAAGAGUUGUUGGUGAUUAAAAAGAAACUUGACCUCAUGGUUGAAUACCUUCGAAGAGUCUUCAAUUUCUGCCUCUUCUGUGUUUUUGAAUCCGAUUCUAUUCAUGAAUUGGUUCGCAAAUGUCCAGGCGGUCAUCUACGAAGACCUCGUGCAGGACUCAGCAGUAUGGCAAAAGCUGCUGCUCGAGCGAGUGCUGAAGGACAACCUUUCCCUGGGAAGAAAAAGGAAGGUAAAGAGAAUGGUUAUGAUGAUGAACCAUCAAGUCCAGUUCAAGAACAACGUUCUCAAAAAUUCAACAAGACAGAUCAACAACUUUUGAGAGCAUUCAAUUGGGUCAAGACAUUUGAGGAAAAGAUUUUACAGAUUCUUGAACCCGAAUAUGUCGACCUGAAGAAAAUAGGAGGUAAACCCGUGGAAGAAGCUCUUGAUGAAGAAUUGGCCAAAUUUGUCAAGCAAGAAGAUGAAGCGAAGUAUCGAUGCAAAGUUCCUGAUUGUGCCAAGCUGUUUAAAGCCGAACAUUUCUGGAAAAAGCACAUCGAAAAGAGACACGAUGAAUGGUAUGCGGCAUUGAAGAAUGACCUUCAACUCGUCAAUUUCUACGUUCUUGAUCCAUCGCACAUUGCACCUUCUCGAUCAGACGCCAACUCGAAUGGACAUUUCCCACUCCCAAGUAAUCACCACCUCAACAAUGGCACACCUCGAGGUUUCAGUCUACAACAUAUGGGUAUGAACAUGAUGAAUUUUGGGCAGAACACUAUGAUGGGAAUGUCCAACGUGCCCGCACCAUUCAUGUCCGGAGUCGGUUUCAACGACAACAUGAACGGUGGGUCACACAGUGGCGGACCCAUUCGUCGUGGAGGAGGUCGCUACGGCAAUCGCUCAGGCCCAUACGACCGCAAUCAACGACCCAAUCAACGCGGGUACAACAAUAUGGGCGGCAUGGCGCGAGGCAGCUUCGCUCCCGGCAUGAACCCUGCUUUCAUCGCUCAGGGCGGUGGAGGUGGCGGAGGGAAAUGGGGCGAUGGUGCCGGUGGCGGUAUGAAUGCCAUGGGCCCCAGAGAGGCCGUCCAAGGCCGCAGUAUCAAGUCCUACGAGGAUCUCGAUGCCCAACCCAGUGGUGGUUCCGGCGGUGGUGCCGCUGCUGCCGCUCAGGCUGGCGCCGGUGCCGAACUGGAUUAUUAG